GUAAACAUCAGAAACGCCCCGUAAACUGAAGGUGCAGUUGUGUAGAUUUUACGGUGUCACAUCCAUAGACAAACGUUGUAAUGUGCUGACGACUUUUUAUUUAUCGGUAUCUGCAGCAGCUCUCUGUCCACUCUUCUAUGGUGAAUUGCCAAUAAUGAAUAUCAAAGUGUGCGACGUUCUUGAACUGUCUGAGUUUCUUGAGGAAGUUUAUUUGCAUGGGACGACAACAUGCUGCACCUCAAAGUAAGAUGUCAAAAACAGCUUUCGCCUGUUACUUUUUAACUGAUCACGUUAUUAGCAUAAGGAAUGGUUGGAGUCACUUCUCAGAAGACAUCUCUUUCUUCCCACUGAAGUGAUAUCAUUCUUGGCGAUGAUUUUCUUUGCCUACAGACUACAUGUUACUUUGAAUGGUGGACUUGUCUUCCUCAUCAUUGAUGUUAUCACCGCACUGAACAUGAAUUGUACAAGUCCACAUACAACCUUAAUAAAUGAGGACACAUCACUGAACUGUUACAUUGAACAGCUGAAUGAAGAUGAGGUGCUGUCAGUUAUCUGGGAAAAGGGAACACGGGAGCUCAUUAAAUAUCCAAGGAGAUCCAUAAAAAAGAAAGAAACUGAAGAGGCAAAAUUUGCACUUGCGGAGAGUCAUAUUCAUCAGGGAGACAUCUCUCUCACCAUCAAGAAUGUUCUUCAGUCAGAUGAAGGCAACUAUUGGUAUUCACUUCGUACCAAGAGGGAGAGUCUCAAGGGAGCGGUGAAGCUGCGUGUGCUUGUGCGUUUUGAGAUGAAAUGCCCAAGUCCGCAGACAGCCUUCCUAAAUAUGAACACCUCAAUUAACUGUACAAUUGAGAACUUGAACAGCGAUAAGGUGACAUAUGUUUUCUGGACCAAAGAUGACAAUAUCCUGGCCAGCUACCCAAGAAAAGAAAGCCCAACUUUGACAGAAACUGGAAAAUCCAGAUUUGCUCUUGAUCAAGAUCGUGUCAGUCAAGGAGAUGUCUCCCUUUACAUCAGUGAUGUACAAAAUACAGAUGGUGGGCUGUACCGGUAUUCACUGGAAACAGAGAGCACACGUAAAGAAGGAGGGGUGAUGCUUGAAAUAUUUUUUCCAAAAGUCACAAGAAGCAGAACUUCAACAGUUGUAACAGUCUGUGCUGUGGUGACCAUUUUGGCUUGUGUGGCCGUUGCUGCAUUUUUCUUCUUUAAACAAAGAGGUACCACCAAUGAGUCUGCUAGAAACCAAACGAAUCUUCAGUUAGAGGUCCAUGAAGCACAGGAUGAGGAACCUGCUCCCCUCAGAAGCAUGAAGUAGAUCUUCUGAUCACCAUCAAACCAAUAUCGAACUGUCUGGCAGUUUUCACUAUCAAUGGCGUAGUCAAGACCCACAUUGUAUCGAUUUUAAUUCAUUUCAAAUUAAAUGCUUUCACCAGGAUAGAUUUACCUGAAUUACAUAGUAUAAUCUCUCAACUGAAACCCUCC